CAGGCCUGGAGAGGAAUAUGUGAGCUUUGUAGAUAGAGUAACAGACCAGAAUUGAGAGCCGAGCCGCACCAUCUCCAAUCCACCUCAACCGUAGGGAGCAUUUCGUAAUUGCGUAAUUGGUUGUCAACUAUUUGUCUACCAAUUGUGAAAAGAAUCUUAGGCAGUUAUCAAUACAGGGAGAUACAUUAAUCAACAUGUCUCAAGCACUAUCUCAACGAUUGAAGAUCGCCCUCAUACAGCUGGCUGCCACCGCGGAUAAAGCACGCAAUCUCUCGCGAGUCAAAGAGCAUGUUCUCAAAGCUGCGUCGAACGGAGCACAGCUUGUUGUUCUUCCGGAAUGCUUCAAUUCUCCGUACUCGGUCGCUGCGUUCCCGCAGUAUGCAGAGUCGAUUCCCUCCGGCGAGACAACCAAGUUUCUCUCCACCCUUGCGCGCGAGACUUCGAUCUACCUCAUCGGAGGCUCGAUCCCCGAGCGCGGCGACGACGGGAAGCUGUUCAACACAAGCUUGAGUUUCGCUCCCUCCGGCGACCUGAUAGCAAAGCACAGAAAGGUCCAUCUAUUCGACAUUGACAUUCCUGGCAAGAUCCGGUUCAAGGAAUCUGAAGUUCUCACAGGCGGCAACAAAAUUACCGUCUUUGACAUCCCACCUUUUGGAAAAGUCGGUCUCGCUAUCUGCUACGACAUCCGGUUCCCGGAACUGGCGUCUGUCGCCGCCCGUAAGGAAGGCGUCUUUGCAAUGAUCUACCCCGGCGCAUUCAACACCACCACCGGCCCUCUUCAUUGGGAACUCCUCGCACGCGCCAGAGCGGUCGAUAACCAGAUUUACGUGCUGCUGUGCUCGCCCGCAAGAGAUAUGACUAGCGACUACCAUGCCUAUGGGUACUCCAUCGCCGUCGACCCGAACGCGAAUAUUCUCACAAAGGCCGGCGAGGGCGAGGAGAUUGUGUAUGCUGAGCUUGAGCCGGGCUUUAUCGAGCAGACUCGGGCGGGAAUACCAAUCACUACUCAGAGACGAUACGAUGUCUAUCCUGAUAUUUCCGCCUCUACUAAGACUUCGGCGGUUUAAGUUGAGUGAAAGUAGAGAGCACAAGUAAUACUUGAAAUGCAAUACUUCGUAUCAAUAAAAGCUGUCAUAAACGUAGUCACAAAACAGUAA